GAUAUAUAUGUAUAUAUAUAUAUAUAUAUUCUCUAUCUACAGUUUUAUUUCCAUCUUCUUCUUCUUCGUCUUCUUCUUUCUAUCAAUCGAUCUUCACUGGACUCUAAUAGUUUUCUCAGAAUUUCAAGAUUAGAUCUGUUUUUUCAAUUCCAUACUUUUAACAUUCGUGUUUCUUUGAAUUCUGAGUUCCGAAAACACAAAUUGAUUGAAAGUUUCAAUUGAUCAGUGAGAAUGUCAUUGUUAAUUGAGAAGCAAGAGCAGUUGAACUGCUACGCUCCUAAAAGCCCAGCUGUUUCUCAGGUUACAAGGAAAAGAAAAGUUCAAGGGAUCAGGAAUUAUGAUGUUCGAUUAACAGAACAAGAAGAGGAGGGCAAGGAGGAGGAUAGUCCAGGAUCAUCCCCAAUCAGAACAAAGAAUUUAGUUAAGAAAAGAAGUAGAAGAACAGCAGGGAAGCUCCAGGGUGCGUCAAAUAAGAAAAUAAGCCUUGCGCAUGGACGUAUCAUGGGUGAGUGCAAAGAUGAUGAUGAUGGUGGUGGUGGUGGUGGUGACAAGGAGUACAGUGCAGGAUUAUCACCAGAAAGAACAAAGUCUUCAGAUAUGAAUAGACGGAAAACUCAGGAAAGCAAGGGUUCAAAUGGUAGAAAAAUCUUUAGGAAACUCCAGGGUGCCUCAAACAAAAAAAGGUGCCUUGAACAUAAAUCUAUUACCAGUAAAUUCCAAUAUGAUGAUGUGAAUGAACACAGUGUGGGGUCAUCACCGACGCUUCUUAGGAAAAAGAGAGCUCGAGAAAGCGAAGGGUCAAGUAAUAGAAGAACCUCUAAGAAGCGUCGGGGUACCUUAAGUAAACAAAGGACUCUUGAAUGUGAAUUUAGCUGUGAUAAUACUGAAGAUGCUGCUAAUGAUGAUGAUGAUGAAGAGGAGGAAGUGGAAGAGAACAUAAAGGGUACAUCAUCCGCGAGAGCAAAAAGUUCAUUAAAAAAAACAAGGAUAGCCCAAGAAAAUGAAAGAUGCAACAGGAAAAAAAAAUCACAGAAGCUUAAUGGUUCCUUAAACAAGAAAAGAAUUCUUAAUGAUGCCUUUUCUGUGAGUGACUGGGAAGAUGAUGAAUGUGAAGAUGAGGGAAAGGAAAAUGAAUGGUCAUCAUUGACAAGAUCAGAAACUUCAUUGCCUGAAGAACUUGAAAGCUCACAUGGUAAAAGGAUUUCAGAAAGAAGGCGUGCUGUCCUGAACAAAAAUAGUGGCUUUGGGGGUGAUUUCUUUUUUGGUGAUUUUGAAGUUGAAGACAUAAAGAACAAAAGUAUAGAUCAAUAUGGUUUGAACAUGAGAAAAAGUUCAGGGGACAUGAAAGAGAAAAUCUAUGGGGGUGAUUUCUUUUUUGGUGAUUUUGAAGUUGAAGGCAUGAAGAACAAAAGUAUAGAUCAAUAUGGUUUGAACAUGAGAAAAAGUUCAAGGGACAUGAAAGAGAAAAUCUAUGAGUCUGGGAACUUGUUAUUUUGUAGCGUAUCUUCUUCUUCCUCUUCUUCCUGCUCAUCAGUUAUCAAAAGUGAACAAAAUAGUGUUGACAGAUGCACAACAAAGAAUCAUAAGGUAAAUGGGGAAGAGCGUUUGAAGUGCCAUCAGUGCAGGAGGAAUGAUAGAAGAAUUGUGGUUCCUUGUACCAACUGCAAACAGAAACUAUAUUGUAUCCAGUGUAUCAAGCAGUGGUACCUACACUUGUCAGAAGAAGAAGUUGCAGAGAAAUGCCCAUUUUGCCGUGGAAAUUGCAAUUGUAACUUGUGUUUGCAGUUGCAUGGCAUGAUUAAGACAUCAAAGAGGGAUCUCACUGAUCGGGAGAAGUUUCAGCAUCUUCAUUAUUUGAUCAAGUCACUUCUUCCAUUUGUAAAACAAAUUCAUCAAGAACAAGCUGAGGAGAUGGAGAUAGAGUCUCUGAUUCAAGGGGUGGAAUCAUCUUCCAUUAAGAUACAAGAGUCCAUUUGUUCCAAUGAUGAGCGUGUGUAUUGUAACUACUGUGCAACUUCAAUCAUUGACCUUCAUAGAAGCUGCCCAAAUUGCUCCUUUGAGCUCUGUCUUAGUUGUUGCCGUGAGAUUCGCAAUGGAGAGGCUUUAGGAGGUGGCAACAAAGUAGUUUUUCAAUAUAUGAAUAGAGGCUACGAUUACAUUCAUGGUGGAGAUCCUCUACCAAAUUCUUGUCAAGUGAAAACUUCUACGGAUCAUAAUAAGCCAUUGACGAAAUGGGUUGCCGGUGAUGAUGGAAGUGUAACUUGCGCCCCAAAAGAAAUGGGUGGAUGUGGGAAUUGUGUGCUAGAGCUCAAGCGUAUUCUUCCACAUUGUUGGACUUCGAUCUUGGAGGCUAAAGCGGAAGAAAUAUCAAAGAAUUGUGAGGUAGAGCAAACAAUCACGAGGCCCAAUUAUCUUGAUGAGUGGAGCAAGAUGUCACGGAGAGCAGCUUCUAGGGAAGGCUCUGAUGACAACUAUUUGUAUUGCCCCGAUUCAAGGGAUGCCAUAAAGGAGGAAGAGCACUUGCAGUUCCAGAUGCAUUGGGCAAACGGGAAACCAGUGAUUGUUCGAGAUGUCCUUGAGCAGACGACUGGUUUAAGCUGGGAGCCAAUGGUCAUGUGGCGUGCACUCUGUGAAAAUUUGGAUUCAAAGAUUAGUUCAAAAAUGUCAGAAGUUAAGGCUAUUGAUUGCCUGGCUGGUUGUGAGGUGGAGAUAAAUACGCGGCAAUUUUUCAAAGGUUAUACAGAAGGAAGAAGAUAUGGAAAUUUCUGGCCUGAGAUGCUCAAGCUUAAGGAUUGGCCGCCUUCUGACAAAUUUGAGGAUUUGUUGCCACGCCACUGUGACGAGUUUAUUAGUGCAUUGCCUUUCCAGGGAUACACGGAUCCUAGGGAUGGUUUUCUUAAUCUUGCUGUGAAAUUGCCUCAAGGUGCCCUAAAGCCCGACUUAGGUCCAAAGACAUAUAUUGCAUAUGGCAUUGCCGAAGAACUUGGCAGAGGAGAUUCUGUAACUAAGCUUCAUUGUGAUAUGUCAGAUGCGGUGAAUAUUUUGAUGCACACUGCAGAAAUAGACUCAGAUGAUCAGCAGCGUGCUGCAAUUGAAAAGUUGAAAAAGAAUCACCAAGCUCAAGAUGAACGAGAGCGCCUCAUUAGAGAGAUGAAUGAAGAUCUCACCAGACCUUGUAAUGGCAUUGGUGAACAAAAGCUUGAAUUGGAUGCCUCCGAUAUUAAGCAUGUGGGUAAUGAGAUAGACGUGAAACAGCCAUCUGAAACUAGUGAAGUAAUCACAGAUCCAGUAGGCGAGCACAAAGGAUGCUCGGCUUUACUUGAAGGAGCAUUAGAUGAAACGGCCGGUGCACUGUGGGACAUCUUUAGGAGGGAAGAUGUACCGAAGUUACAAGAGUAUCUCAGGAAGCAUUCUAUUGAAUUUAGGCACACUUUUUGUUCUCCGGUUGAACAGGUUGUUCAUCCAAUUCAUGACCAAUGCUUCUACUUGACUUUGGAGCAUAAAAGGAAACUCAAGGAGGAAUUUGGGAUAGAACCAUGGACUUUUGAGCAACGAUUUGGAGAAGCGGUGUUUAUUCUGCUGGUUGCCACAUCAGUCAGGAAUCUCAAAUCGUGUACGAAAGUUGCAGUGGAUUUUGUUUCUCCUGAAAAUGUCCAUGAGUGCUUGCGAUUAACAGAGGAGUUUCGACGACUGCCAAAGGAUCACAAGGUUAGAGAAGACAAACUGGAGAUAAAGAAGAUGAUUCUUCAUGCAAUGAACCAAGCUGUCGAAGAUUUUGAAGCGUUGACAUCGGCAAAGUGAAUGAUGUUUUGUGGAAUAUGUUGCUGGCCUGCCUAUGGACAAACCAUUUUUGUUACGUAUAUUUGCUUUUUUAUAUGGCUCUCUCCUCUAUAGUAGUCAAUUUUGAGGGGCUGUUUUGAUCCUUGGAUUUUUGUAAUUAUUGUGAGACUCCAAGGAUGAUUUUGUAAAACUAUUACCAGCCUCAGUAGGCAUUUUGCUCCUUCCUAAGAAAGGAUUAGCCAUUGCUUA